GCGGCACGAUGAUCGCCAGGCACGCCUAUCAGGAAUGGACUAGGUAAACCAUCCCCAGCAAUCAUUAUGUCAUUCCUGCAGGAAAGGAAUUUGGGCAGCUCGUAAACACCAAACAGUCCUUCUCAGACGAUGUGACACGAAAAGCAAACUACAGCCGCAAUGAGGAUUAUAGCUGCAGCAUUGGGCCUCUGCUGCUUUCAUCUAGUGAGCGCGCAUGGCUCUCACUCAUCAGAAGAUUCAGUGAAUCCAGCAGACGACUGGGCACUAUACCACAUGCAAGAAGAACAUCACAUAUCAAAUUUCGACCCUUCUUCAUUUUUCUCCCUACACGACUUCAACAACGACGGUUCUUGGACCGCUGACGAGAUCCGAAGAACUUACGGCCUCGAUGACGAAUCCCUCAAGGACACAGCUGCAGACGUCAAAGACAAAGCGGUUCUCAAUGUCUUCAAGCUCUUUGACCCGACCGGGACCGGCAUAAUUACACGCGAUCAAUGGCUGAACGGCAUCCGCGCGGGCAAGAAAUUACCAGAUUCGGGACUGGGUCCUGGACACCAUGGCGACGAUGAAUAUGAAUAUGAAAUCCAUCAUUUCGAGAAAUAUCAUGAUGAGAACACGAAAGAGGAGGAUCUGAUACAUCCAGAAGAUAUCGCACAUUUCCGGAAACAUGACAUGAUGGAGGACGAGGCGGAGCGAGUACUCAAGGAGCAGCAACAGAACAUUGUCGAAAAGAAUAUCCCGAUGAAGUUUAGGAAGCAGCAAUAAUAGACGAUGCGAUACUAAAUGUAC